GGCGCGGUGUGCAUUCCUGUUUUUUUCUGCUCUCGGUUUAGUCGGAUUGACAGAGGGAAACACAGCGGUGGUCAAGAUAUUACAGCGACUGAAGAGAACAAUGGCCAUGAAGUCUUCAAUAUCAGUUGGAGAGAUGGCUUUUGACUGGUGCAGGAUGCCCUCAGAAUGUUACCUGCAGCACUGCCACCUCGCCUUUAUACACGUGUUUGAUGAGCUGCUCUUCAAACAACAGCACGAGCCAACACGUUACCUCAGGUGGGCCCAGGAGGGACUGCUGCUGAGUCAGAAAGUCAGGAAUUGCAAGGAUGAAGCAGUGGAUUUAACUGUAAUUGAGACAAUGGAAGUCUUCUGGACACUGUAUGCUGAGAUGAAGAAGAAGUGUAAUCAGAAUGGGUUUGUUGCUGCCCUCUUGAAGACCUUUGAACAAGCAAAGGAUAAUGUCGACCUGAAGGAGAUCAUCUGCUGUACCAAGCCUUUAUUAAAGCAAAUUCCAAUCAGCAACAUAGCCCCUCAUUGGACAGACCUACAGAGGAACACUGCACUCACGAUACUACUAGCUCACUUUGCAGAUUAUAUAAAGAAAUUUGCUGAUGAAGGGGAUUCUCUGCUAAAUGAUUUUGAACGAAAUUGUGAAUGCAAUAACCAGAAGAUUACACAUCUUCAAUGGAAAGGUGAAGACGAGGUGAGCAUCAGUGAAUUCACAGCUGCCAUCCUCACAUACAGCAAAGCUGUGGAAACAAGUCCGUAUAAUCAUCACUUGUAUUGUCGACGGGCCUACUGCUACCUGCAGCUGAGUGAUCACCGAACUGCCAUCUUGGACAGCAUCAGAGCCACGGUCCUGAAGCCAGACUAUUUUAAGGGCCAUUACUUCUGUGCUAAAGGUCUCUUGUCAGCAGGCUACCCGGACUAUGCUUUGGUAGUGAACAGGAGAGGCAUCGACCUGUGUCUGGUUGGAGGCAGUGACAUCACUGUACUGCAGGAACAACGAAGUGAAAUUCAGGAAGAAAUUAAGAAAAAAGGUAACUGCGAAACAACACAAGAGGAGCACAGUUCAUGUAAAAAAGCAAUGGUUGCUGGUGGUGAUGACAGCUCCGUGCCUGGGCCAGGUUCAGAUACAGACAUUGAGUCUUUGGAAGGUGAAGGGUCUGCCGGCAAUGUCAGAGGGGAGAAAUUCCAGGCAGCUUGCGAAAACCCGAUUGAAAAGAACUGCAAGGUUUUCGAUGAGCUCCCUGAAGAAUCCGACACAAGUAUUGAAAGUCAGAAGUCGGCUCCCAAGACUGAAAAGACAGACUUGUGUGAAGAUGUUCCUCCAGAUUCCAAUGAACAAUAUGAAGAGGAAAAUAGUUCCAGGAAAAUAUCAGAACCAAAAAGUGCAGAUAAGAUAGUCUUUGACCCUUCCAAAUGUCGUCUGUGGCGAGCAGUGCAUUCAGAGCAGGAGCUGAUCACUCACGGUGUGGAGGAUAUCUCGUUCCUGCUCUAUCGCUUGAAGCUGAAGAAAUUUCUCUCUGAAGGUGACCAGGAAGAGGUGGAGAAGCAGAGCACCGGGCCAUUGAAGCUGGAUGCCCUACUUCGAAUCGUGCUGAAAAAGAACUCCAACCUGGAGAUUCGCAAGUUCACAUCCGUGCUAGUCGCAAUCGAUGGAUUGAAGCCGGAACUUUCCAAAUGGGUCCAGAAUCUGGAGGAAAUGGGCAACAGUUGUGCUGACAGUUUCCUGUACCUGUACCUGGAAGUUUUGGCAGAGCCAUUGAAUGGUAUCCCUUUAAGGGACCUUAUUUAUAGUCUGCAGAACCGAAAUAUUCUGACAGAUGUGGAGAAUGACCUGUUGAUGAAAACCUCCCCUGUGCACAGAGGCCAGAGGCUGCUGGAGGUCAUUGUCUACAUGAAGUCAGCUGCUGAGAAGGCUGAGUUUGUUUUCCUUUUGGAAGAAGAGCGGAGAUCCUUCCCAACACUGAAAAAAUGUCUGGAUGAGUUCCAACAGGAAUUUGAAAAGCUGCGUGAUGGUUACAUACCUCGCUUCAAAAGAUACAUGCCACUUAAGAGACUGCGAAGGCGUGAGGAUCUCCCAGCAGAUGAGCGAAACUCUUACUGUAACUUCUUCCGGCUGAUGUAUCUCAUUAUCUUGGAGGGGACACGGAUAGCACAGAAGGUUUUUGCCGAGCGUGUGCCCCCCAGUAACCUGCAGGCAGAAAUUCGGAAGUUGAAGAAAACGGAACUGCACCGGUACUUCAGGGAACAUCAGGCAACUUUUGCCUCCCACUCUGACUGGGGAUUGCUAUAUCCGCAGAAUACUUCCCGCCUGGAGUUCCAGAAGUACGAUAUCACACUUAUCGUCUUUCUGAUGAUGCAUGUCAAGUCCUUCCCUGCGCCGAGGAAAGGCUGGCGGACAGAGCCCCCCACUGAUGACCACUCCAAGCCUGCCAGCCUCCUGCGACUGCUGUACUUGCGGAGGCGGCUAGUGCUGAGGGAUGGUUACCUUGGCGUGCCAGAAGAGGAGUUCCUGGUGAUUUGGAGUGAGGCGAAGCAGUGCCUCUGCCGCCUUGGGAAGGACCCUGAGGAGAUUGAGGACAUCAUGUUCACGCCAGGUUACGUGCUCUGGAAGGAUUAUAAGCUGAUCUCUGAACUCAUGGGGAGGCAGUGCUCGGAGUUGACUGGACAGUACAUGAUGGCAAUGAAAGCUCACCUACAGUCGAAGACCAAGGAACCGAUGAAGAUGGGAGAAUCCAAAUUGGAACCUCCUCCAGGACGGAAGGAGAAUCCCACAUUGCCAACAGGCACAGCCACUCCUGAUGGGAAGAAAGGGAAAGAGACAGAGAAAGAGGCAGAGGCUGGCAAAGAGGGAGAGAUUGCACCAGCUCAGGAUGCCACGGAGGAGGAUAACUCGCUUUUGUUUCAAGUGACUGCGAAAGGCGAGGGGAGCUCACAGGCAUCCGGGACACAGAGUGCGAACGAUCCCCAGAGAUACAGCCGGAAGAAAAAGAAGAAAAAGACUAAGGGAAAAAAGAAGUCAGCAGUUCCUGUUGAAAACAUUAGUGAGAAGGAUGUGGAGAGCACUGCAGAUGAGGAUAGGGAUGAGGAUGUUCCUCAGGCAUCGCAUCAGGAAGUCCAAACGAAGAAUGAGUUUGCAGAACUGGAGGCCUCAGCACAACGCUGGCAGCUGCUCUAUGAGGAGAAGAGUUCCCAGUACGAGCAGCUACUGAAACGACAGACCAAGACGCUAGAGAAUUGUAAGCAACAAACAACAGAGGUGCAAAGGCUGAAGCAGGAAAUUGAGAACGAGCGGAAAAUUCAGCAAAAUGACAAGAAAGUUCUUCAGAGCCAGAUCAAGAACUUACAGGAUGUGCUCCAGAGCAAAGAGGAGCUGCUCAAAAAGUUGGAGAAGCAGGUCCAGGGACAACAACAGGAACUGGAGAACCAGAAGAAACAAGGCCAGCAAGAACAAGACCAAUGGGCACAGGAGAAAUCUCAGCUGGAGAGACAGUCAGCGAAAAGCAAGGAUGAGUUCAUCGAAGCCAUGAGAAGAGCAAUGGCUGCCGAGGUCCAGGUCCUGGAAUGUAGGCGGGACAAAGGAACAGCUUUUCUUGAGCAGGCUGCCAAGGAAGGAGAAGUUAAACUGUCUGGCUUGAGACAAAAUCUCGUGAGUGGGCCUGCAAUACAGAUCGAUGUCAAAGCUGCAAUAAUGGCAUAUGAAAUGGUGCUUGCUGACAUCAAGUCAAAAAUACAUCAAACAGUGACUGUCUUCAAUGAACAGAUUGACCUGAUACGGAAUGGAGCAAAGCUCAGUAACAUGCCGCAGGUUCCGGUCCUGCUCCCUCCAUCCCAGUCAGAAUUCAUGCUCAUUUACCUGGCAAAACAGAAGGAGCUUUUGGCUUCCAGUAGCUUUCCUGUAAAUAACAACAGUCAAGGAACAUCAUCACUGUCUGCAUUUCCACCAGGAAUGACUCCUUUGAACAAUCAGCUUGGAAUAACACAGAGAUCAAUGUCACCUGGAUUAUCAUCACAGCCUUCGUCUCUUGGUCCAGCCAAUUCCAGCCAAGCAGGAACCACCCAAAAUCACCUGGAACGCCUUCUCGACAAACUGACAGAGUUGUUCCCACAACAUAACAGGGACAUGAUGAUCGUCUUUCUACGGCAGGUCCGGAUGAUGAACAAUAACUCCUUGUCUGGACUAUCCUUUGAACAGAUCAUCAGUCAAGUAUCAGCCCUUAUCAAGAACCAUCAGCCACACCUUGGGAAUGUAAAUCUGGACUUUGCAAGCCUGCCUGCUGAUCCAUCAAUGGCUACUUGGAGGAACGUCUCAAAAGAUCCCCAGAAGGAGGAGGAAGAAUCAUGUGUCAUUUGCCAGGAAGAAUUAACCAGCAAUCGUCUUUUUGUGAUGAAGUGUGGGCACAAAUAUCACCGAGAGUGCAUCUCUUUGUGGCUAAAGGAUCAGAAGACAUGCCCAAGUUGUACGUUGAGCUUUGCAACCUCCUUCUCGCAAUCCUAACCACGUAGCAGGAAUCCGUCACCCUUGACUGCAGGCUGGCCCAUCUGGGGUCCAUUCACUGGCCGCUGUUUUCCUGUGAAUGUGAUAGAAGCAAUGUGGUUGCAAAGUUGCAGAGGAAGAUAAGCAUGAUGCAUCACUAGCUGAUGGAUUAAUUGGGACCAGUGUGCAUCUCUGACUUGUUGACAAGUCCCUAUCACAGGAGAGUCUACGCACUGCAAUUAUUUUCUGAAUAGCAUGCUGAUUCCUUGACCAUCCGAAGCCGAAGCAUAUUUUAAUAUGGGGGAUGGAAAGUAAUCGUUGGCAGUUCGAUAAUUAAAGGUUGUUGUAAGGUUCAUUGUUGAUUGGAUGUUACAUUCAUUUUGUGCUGAGGUGGAUCUGCUUUGUUUAAAAUCCUCCUUCAGGAAGAUGAGGUGGCAGUAUUAAACCCGUUUCUACUUUUCUGCUCUGA